AUACGAAGGGCUGCCUGAAAAUUGGAAUCUCUCUUUGGGAUAUAACUCGCUUUUGACUUGCAGUUGUGUAUUUGGAAAUAUUGUGACUUCCAGCAGAUAAGAAGGGGUGCCUGAAAAUUGGAAUCUCUCUCUCCCCAUGGAGUCACCACAGCAGACUGCCUUCCCGCUCCGCCCAGGGCGGUGGCGCCGCUACCUUCCCCGCUUCUCGUGCGCCACCAGCUUUGGCCUCAAGAAUUCAUUCUGGUCCGAACUCGGUGGCUCCGUGGGUGACCUAGGCACCUAUAUCCCCAUCGUCCUCGCUCUCACACUGGUCAACCAACUGGACCUGGGCACAACCCUUAUCUUCACAGCCAUCUACAACAUCAUCACAGGAUUCCUCUUCGGGAUCCCCAUGCCCGUCCAGCCCAUGAAAUCAAUCGCUGCAGUCGCCAUCUCAGAGUCCCAAACUCACCUCACCGUUCCCCAAAUCAUGGCCGCUGGCAUCUCCACUGCCUCGGUUCUCUUCUUCCUCGGAGCCACCGGCCUUAUGUCCUUCUUCUACCGCUUCAUCCCCUUACCCGUCGUUCGCGGCGUUCAGCUUUCCCAAGGUCUCGCCUUUGCCUUCUCCGCCAUCAAAUACAUCCGUUACAAUCAAGACUUUGCAACUUCAAAAUCGGGCUCUGCUCGCCUCUGGCUCGGCCUAGAUGGGCUCAUCCUUGCCCUCUCCGCACUCCUAUUCGUUGUCCUCACAACAGGUUCUGGGGAUUCCAUCGAUGAACCCGAAGCUCAACCUCUGCUUGAAUCGAGAGAACCCCAUCGUCGACGUCACCGUCAAAUUCGAAGGAUGCGUAUCUUAUCGGCAAUUCCAUCUGCGCUUCUGGUAUUCCUCCUGGGUCUGAUGCUCUGUUUCGUUCGUGACCCUUCCAUUGUUAAGGAUCUCAAGUUCGGCCCUUCAAAGAUCCAAGUGGUCAAGAUCUCCUGGGAAGACUGGAAGAUCGGAUUCGUUCGAGCUGCAAUUCCUCAAAUUCCUCUCUCUGUUCUCAAUUCUGUGAUUGCAGUCUGUAAGUUAUCAGCCGACCUAUUCCCUGAAAAGGAGGUGUCGGCCAUGGCAGUUUCAGUGAGUGUGGGAGCCAUGAACUUAGUGGGUUGCUGGUUCGGAGCAAUGCCAGUCUGCCAUGGUGCAGGGGGAUUAGCAGGGCAGUACCGUUUCGGUGGAAGAAGUGGUGCAUCGGUGCUAUUUCUGGGAAUAGGGAAACUGGUUCUUGGGCUUGUUUUUGGGAACUCGUUUGUGAAGAUACUGGGUAUGUUCCCAAUUGGGUUAUUGGGGGUUCUCUUGCUCUUCUCUGGGAUUGAAUUGGCAAUGGCUUCCAGGGACAUGAACACCAAGGAGGAGUCUUUUGUGAUGCUGGUUUGUGCUGCUGUGUCAAUGACUGGUUCAAGUGCUGCUUUGGGCUUCGGCUGUGGGAUUGUUCUGUUUUUGCUUCUGAAGCUCAGGGAAUUCAAUUUUUUCUCUUCAAGCUUCCCCAAAUCCAUGGAUUCUAAUGAUAUUGAUUCCAGUCUCCUUCCUUAGGAGAUGAGUUGGGUUCCUCCUUGGGCUGGAGCAAGCGCAGCCUAGCCUAGCCUAGCCUGAACCUCAUUUGGGUAUCAAUCAAUACAUAGAUUGGAACUAGCACUUGGCUUGUGCCAAGUCAGGCCUUGCUGGGAUUGGCAUGUGGAAUAGUAAUUUCAGUCUAGAAACCCAUAUGAUAUGAUUAGAAGUACCGGACCAAUGAUUUGAGCGAUACGUACCAGGUUUUUUCCUUCAGUUUGAAAACUCAGGACCAGAAUCACUCAAUUGGAAUAUGUAUUAUUGCAAUGAAUUUUUUUUUUUCAUAAUAAUAAUUAUUGCAAUGAUGGUUCUGUAGGAA